GACAAUAGGACGUCUAAUUAAUAAUUAGCAAUGAAGUACGUUGUGUUUCUGUGUGUGCUUGUUGGUGUUCUUGCUGAGCUGCCUCGCUUCAGACCAGCGAGGUUCAGAUCCCAGCGGAUCGAGCUUGUUCCAUCAACGACCGAAUCGCCAAUGGAACCCACUACUGACAACGCACCCUACCCUGCUUCGGGAUGGAAACCUGCAGGGGAACCGUUUACCUUGCCAAACGAGAAAACAGAACCAUCAGAUGCCUAUGGAGCUCCACAACAGAGUGGACCUUAUCCUCCAUCUGGUUGGAAACCUGAAGGACAACCCUUUAUCUUACCGCAGCAGCAGGUCCCACCUGCAACCAGUUACGGUGUCCCUGAUAACACUUACGGAGCACCAACCACAGAUGUUGCUCCUACAACUACCAAUAACCCUCAAGUACAGAAACUAGAAGGACCAGUUGAAGUGCUCAAGAGUACAGGGGAAUACUACGUGCUGCUUCCCGAUGGACGUCUUCAACGAGUAGAGUUUGCAACGGAAAACGAUAUCCAAAACAUGAAGUACAUAGCUCAACUUCAACUCAGAAAUCCGGCUCCUCUGUUCGUCGUCGGUCGCUAAUAAUUAAAAGACAAAUGUAUUCAGCUUUAAUAAAGUGUAAAUAAGUGCGAGAGUAAUGGUCUCAUUUUU